AUGGCGUUACGAUCUGCCUUUUUACUCUUAUGUGUUCUCUCUCUAGCCACAGAGAAGAUUCUAGCCUCUGUCUUCUCCUCAAAGCUAAUCCAUCGCUUCUCCGACGAAGGCAGAGCUUUGAUUAAGACCCCGAGCUCAUCGGAUUCGUUCCCGGAGAAGCGGAGCUCCGAGUAUUACCGGUUGCUCGCGAGUAGUGAUUUCAGAAGACAGAGAAUGAAUCUCGGUGCCAAGUUUCAGUCCCUUGUUCCAUCGGAAGGAAGCAAAACGAUUUCUUCUGGAAAUGACUUUGGAUGGCUACACUACACAUGGAUCGACAUAGGGACACCGAGUGUAUCAUUUCUUGUGGCUUUAGAUUCGGGAAGUGAUCUACUUUGGAUUCCUUGCAACUGUGUGCAAUGUGCUCCUUUAACAUCCUCUUACUAUAGCAGCCUGGCUACUAAAGACAUGAACCAGUAUAAUCCAUCGAGUUCGAGCAGCAGCAAGGCGUUUUCGUGCAGCCAUAAGUUGUGUGAAUCAGCUUCGGAUUGUGAGAGCCCGAAGGAGCAAUGCCCUUAUACUGUUAACUACGCUAGUGACAACACCUCGAGCUCAGGAUCGCUUGUUGAGGACAUCUUACAUCUUACUUAUAACAACACCAACAGUAGAUUGAUGAAUGCUUCCUCCUCUGUCAGGGCUCGAGUUGUUAUAGGAUGUGGUAAGAAGCAAAGUGGGGAGUACUUGAAUGGUGUUGCUCCUGAUGGUUUGAUGGGUUUAGGACUUGGAGAUAUCUCGGUUCCGAGCUUGCUUUCGAAAGCAGGACUCAUGCGAAACUCUUUCUCUCUCUGCUUUGAUGAGGAAGAAUCAGGGAGAAUUUACUUCGGUGACAUGGGACCGUCGAUGCAACAAUCAACACAUUUCCUUCCGUAUAACAACAAAUAUGUAGCCUACAUUGUGGGUGUGGAGGCUUGUUGUAUUGGCAAUUCGUGUCUAAAGCAGACGAGUUUCACAACCCUUAUUGACAGUGGACAAUCAUUUACAUCUCUACCCGAAGAUAUAUACAGAGAAGUUGCAGUUGAGAUUGAUAGACAUGUAAACGCUAAGAUCAAGAGGGUCAAAGGUGGCCCAUGGGACUAUUGCUAUGAAACUAGUGUUGAGCCAAAGGUACCAGCGAUCAAACUCAAGUUUCCGUACAAUAACACAUUCGUGAUUCACAAACCUUUGUUUGAAGUCCAACAAAAUGAGGGGCCUGUCCUGUUUUGCUUACCUAUCAGUUCUGGUGAACAAGAAGGCAUAGGAGCCAUAGGACAGAACUACAUGAGAGGGUACCGAAUGGUUUUCGAUAAAGAGAACAUGAAGCUAGGCUGGUCAGCUUCUAAAUGUCAAGAGGAUAAGAUAGCACCGCCUCAGGCUUCACCGGGAAGCACUUCAUCGCCAUAUCCAUUGCCAACAGGGGAGCAGCAAGGCAGAACCCAUGCGGUUUCACCAGCAAUUGCAGGUAAAACUCCUUCCAAAACGUCAUCUUCAGGAUCAUCAUCAUGCAGCUUCUCUUCCACGUCAUUGUUUAACUCUCUUCUUCUGCUACUUUGCCUUGUCUCUUAUAUGUAG